AGAGAAUAUUUUUUGAACGAGUUUCUGUACGAACUAAUCGAAUAAUUUUUUACGACAACAAAACCUAUGAGGAAAAGAAUGGUUUAUGGCAACGUCAGCUGACUUUCACUUCAUUGGCCUUGAAGUAAUGAUUGAAUGGCAGACAACAAGGAAUUAAAACUAAAGGAAGAUAAUCUCAAGGUCUCAGGUAACGGUGAACCAGAAAAACAACGUCUUGAGUCGCAACCCCGAAGCAACCACCGUCCACGGAUCAACGAGUUAACAAAUAUGGCAAGCACAAACAUCCUCCCAGAUGAUAUUGAUAAUACUGCCGGCCAAACAACAGAAACCCCAAACCCAAAGAAACCAAUGAAGAGGAUGGCAUCUUUCUAUACCCCAUAUAUGGAGGAUCGUUUACGUAGGAAACUCAAAUUUUAUUUCAUGGGUCCACAUGAAAAAUUUAAAGCCAAAAGAAAGUGUCCAUGGAAACUUUUGCUACAGAUCUUCAAGGUGUUUUUGGUGACUGCCCAGCUGGUGAUGUUUGGUUAUCAGAGAGCCUUGUUUGUGGAGUAUGUGGAGAAGAACAACAUUGCCAUGAAGCACAUGUACCUCCAGCAAUGGGACCCCAGCUUUGAGACCAUGCCCUACCCCCCAGCCACGGGACUGUACGCUAUCUACACAGCCACCGACCUAGUGGACCAUAUCAACUUUGCCAUGAAUCGGUUUAAUCAGACUGAACAGCUGACUUUGGGCUCGGUAAGGUUUGCAUUCAAAAACAAUACUAGGAGGUACAUGAAUAUGUGUGUGAAGCAGUACCGUGAGGGCAAGGUGUUCCAGAACGACACCUACAUAUUUAAUGCUGAAGUUGUCACAGAUUGUUUUUAUCUGGAGCCAGUGCCUGUCUACAAUAGGACAACAAACACAACACAACUACAGUUUGACCUCCAGGCUAUUAUGAAUAAAAAUAACAAAACCCUUGUGUAUGAUCGAAUUCUAACGAUUGAGUUAAAGUUCAAUCUGCGUUCCCUUCGUCUGGCAUUAGAGAAGAAAACCUAUGAACCAGAGUGCUUCAGGAUUUCAGGCAGGAUCGUGUUUGAUGACCAAAACAAGGAUGGUCAAAUGGUUGUCGAUCUUUUCUCAUCCUUGAAUGAAUUCAAGUGCAGCGGAAAGUUUUCCAAUUUCUAUGAAGAUGACGACAAAGUGGAGCAGAUGUUGUUUGACAUUUUUGUGAUCCUUGUCAGCGUGUUCUCCUCGUUCCUGUGUAUCCGCUCCCUGUACAGAGCUCACAAUCUCCGGGUGGAAACAGUGCAGUUUUUCAAGACUCGGCACAGGAAGGACUUGAGUUUUCAUGACAGGUUUGAGUUUGUCAACCUUUGGUACGUGUUGAUUGUGAUCAAUGAUGUUCUAACUGUGGUGGGAUCCAGCUUCAAAAUUCAGCUCGAGAGGCGAGACCUAUUCCCAGACUUUGAUGACCAGGCUAUUGAUUAUGACCCUAUUACGCAUGCCCAGAGUUCUUCCGAGAAUUACGACAUCUGCGCUCUGAUGCUGGGUAUUGGGAGCCUCCUGGUGUGGAUGGGGGUCAUCAGAUACAUCGGCUUCUUCAAAACUUUCAAUAUUCUGACCGUGGUGUUGAAGAAGGCGUGUCCAGACCUGAUGCGGUUCCUUGUCACCACCAUGAUGCUGUAUCUGGGCUUUAUGUUCUGUGGCUGGGCUGUUUUAGGUCCCUACCACAUCAAAUUUCGCCAUCUAAGUACAACAUCAGAGUGCCUGUUUUCGUUGGUGAAUGGUGACGAUAUGUUUACGACGUUCUCUGCGACGGUGACUGAGGACAUCGUCGUGUGGUACUUCAGCAGGAUCUACCUCUACCUGUUUAUCUCUCUGUUCAUUUACGCUGUACUCAAUCUAUUUAUAGCUGUUAUCCUUGACACCUAUGAAACUAUCAAGGAGUACUAUGAGAAGGGAUUCCCCAAGAGUGAGCUGUUUGAGUUCAUUGACCAGUGUGAGGAUGCCCCGGACUCAGAGCUGUACCGGGGAGAGGAUAAUGCGUGCUCCUGCUCUGUCUUAUCAUUUCUGUGCUGCUUUUGUUGUAAAAAAAAGAAUACAGGUAGUCAAUCAGAAUACACAAGCCUCCUGAACUGAGGGCUGAACCUUAGGAAGUCAGAUUUCCAGAACUUGCCUCAUUCCAGGUCUCACCGACUAAAAACUCGCUGGGAGCACAAAGCUGUGUGUGAGGAGAGGGAGAUUUAUGAUACUCAUCAACAAUAAACCAUUAAACCAGUUGCAGCUCAUUGUCUGGAGACCUCGGCUUUUUAUUGCUAACAGUUAUGUCUGCUAGUGUUCAGAAUGACACCAUAAAAUAGUGCAUGCAUGGACAUAAUAUUUUUUCCCAGUACAUGAAUGUGUGUCUGAAUUACCAGUAUACUUGUGUAUUUACAUGUAUGUGUGUGUGUGUGUGUGUGUGAUUUAAAGUUCCAAAACCUGCUUGUAAGACAGAGAACUUUCCCUUGGUUAAGUGACUACUUAGAGUUAUUCUUUCCAGAACUUAUUGAAAUGCUGUAUCUGGUCUGUUGUCCUUAAAGCAUGCUCAAACUGUGUAUCAUUAUCAGUGAUCACAGGGCAGAAUUUAAUAAGGAUAAAGAAAGGGAUGACAAAACUCAGGAAGUUGUAUAAUGAGAUGCACUGUGUGCAUUAUAUUUGGUGCAUUUUAAUAAUUAUUUUUUUAUAUUUAUGUUGUAUAAAACUGCAGAGUGCAAUACAGGGCAGACUUUAUGUGUCUUCCACAUAGGAUAACAUUUAUGGUCCUAUGUACACCGUCAAAGUGCUAAGUUUAAGAGUAAGUGUUAAUUAUUAUAAGUUAUGUGCUUUACAUGACAUUUAAAAAAGAAUGAAAGUUGAAUGUUAAUUUAUUUUUGAGAUUGUAAGCAUAAUUACAUGUACCUGUGUCUGAUACACCUACCUUGUCCUAAACUAAUGAAAUAGUUUACUAGGAAUGUUCUGGCAGAUCAAAUAUGGUUGUCAUUAAAGAGCAGCUAGAGUUUAUAGUGCUGGUCUACUCUGGGUGAACAUUACCCCACAGUAAUGUGCAUUAUAUGUUCUUUUGUAAUAAAAAGCAUUGACUUUCA